CUGCAACAGAACCAAAAAAUGACCACGCCUUCUCAGUAAGAUGGCAGAACGUCCAGUGACCAUGGAGUUGGCUUCCGCAAGCAAGAUGUCGGGCGGUCAGGUGACUUCCGCCAGCAGUUCCUGGAAGAUGGAGGCGCCCAGUUGUCCGGUGGUGUUUGUUGUCAGUGGGGUUCCCCGGAGUUUUCGAUCAGCCCAGCUCCGCCAUUACUUCAGCCAGUUCACGGAGAGUGAUGGCUUUGUCUGCUUCCAUUACCGGCAUCGCCCGGAGCGGAGGGGCCCGGACGGUAAACCUGUCACUUUCUGCUGCCCGGUGACGGUGAAGCCGGAGAGAGCGCACAGUUUCCGUUCCAUGUAUCAUGGCAAACCCUGGCUAGAUAAAGAGGGCAAUCAGGUGGCCGGGAAGUGCCUGAUCUACAAGGUGCGGUCAGCUCCAGAAGGAGACUUGCAAAACUUCCCAUACAAGACACGUCGUGAAGCACGUCUUGAAGCCCAGAAACAUACUCCUGAUGAGGAAAAACAAGUAACUUCAAAAGAGUUACUUAGGAUGUCUGAGUUCAACCCUCCAGGACUGAUGGCUCAGGGAAAUGUUGGAACACCAAUAUCCACAUUUUUACAAUUAAUAAGGUCUUGUCGCUUACCACCUAAACUUAUACCUCGAUUGGGUCUACAGUUCCGUCGCUCAAGACGACGCUAUGGAAACGUACAGUAUGACUAUGUAGGAACAGAGAUUGCGAAGCAAGAAGAAGGUGUAUAUACAGCUACUGGACAUGAGAUAGCAGAAGGGGGAAGUAUAGGAUCUAAAGUGCUCAAAGAUGAGGAAGACAUUGUGGAGGAGUCACAGUCUGAUGAUGAUAACGACACAUGUGAGGAAUGGGAACGUCAUGAAGCUUUACACGAGGAUGUCACGUCACAGGAGCGUUGCAAGGAACGCUUGUUUGAGGAGGAAAUUGAACUGAAAUGGGAGAAGGGUGGAUCGGGACUGGUGUUCUACACAGAUGCUCAAUUUUGGCAAGAGCAAGAAGGGGAUUUUGAUGAACAAACUGCUGAUGAUUGGGAUGUAGAUAUGAGUGAAUAUUAUGAACCUGGUGCUGGAGAUAAGGAUGCCAAAGAUUAUGUAAAGAUGCGGUUAGAAUGUAGAAGGCGAGAUGGACUGGAUGACGCAAAAGAGAAAAAAAAUGGGCUUGGCUGUUUUGAGCGGCAUACAAAGGGAUUUGGGCGAAGGGUAUUAGAGCGUCAUGGCUGGAUGGAUGGAACAGGACUUGGUGCUAGGGGUUUAGGAAUACCAGAGGCUUUGGAGAAUGAAGGACAGAAUCCAAGAUGCAAGCGUGGCUUCGGGUAUCAUGGAGAAAAACUAUCCACAUUCAACUCGGCACCAAAAAAAACAAAGUAUUUUAUUUCCACAAUUUAUGAUAAACCAAAAGAAGAGGAUACUGGAGACUCACUGCUGCGACGUAUGCCCUCAACUUCUAUGAAGUAUCGUAAUGUACAGAUGAACAAUUAGAAAAAUUCCUUGACUUUGAGUGUCUGGAACUUCAUUCACAAUGAUUGCUGAUUUGAGAACAUUUGCUUUUUAUAUGGUUCCAAAGAUAUCCUGCAGAGCCUCUGGGCAUGAACCUGAGUCUUGUAAGUGCAUCUUGGAUUUCAGAAGCAGCACUCUGGAUUUUUGCACAAGCAUUGCAGUAAUUUGUGUGACUAUUUUAUAUAUUUUUAUAUAAAGUAUUUUAUUUACUAUUGAUAACAUUAUAUUAAUGUUUUGUAUUGAUUUUUGUAUAUUUAUUAAAAUGUUAACCACUUGCUGAUCCGCUCACAGUAAAUAUACUGCGAGCAGGUGCAGGCUCAGCAAUGUACCUGUAGUGUGCACCCCCCUGCUGACCGAUGCUGUGAUUGGCUACAGUACAAGUUUGUCAGCUGAUUUCAGCCAAUGAAAGCGAUUCACACCAGACAUCCCAAGAAUAUUGCUGAACUGAAACAGUUCUGUCACAGGAAUGGUCAAGAAUUAC